GCUAGUCAGAGAGGGAGACUAAAAGUUAGCUGUCGCCACAUUUUUUAACUAGGAUAUUACGUGGCUACAACUUCUGACCCAAAACAAAAGGGAGUUUUGGUUCAUUUUAGCUAUUUUUUGCUGUUUUUCUCAUGAAGUUCUGACCCAAAACGUCUCAAAUCAACAAAGGUAAGAAACCACAACAUCGCUAUGAUGAUAGGGCUGGUAAAUUCUAAAUUAGAAGACACUGUUUAGAUUAGAUUUAACUUCAUUUCAUGCAACACUGCUACACACAGAGUAAUCAUGUGAUACAAUGUAUUUAGCCUGUAGCAUUUAAGACUAACGUUACUUCAGGUUUAUUGGGGCCAGUAGGCCACUAGCCUAUAAGCAAGUUAUCACUGAUGGUUCAAAACCGUUUUUUUUCCUCAUGAUUUAGGGAUGAGACCCAAGAAGAAAGACAAAGCCAGUGGUGUGAUCACCUUCCACACACCUUUUCCUGUCAGCUUGUUGAAAUCAGAGGAGUCCAUUGCAGACGUGAAGGACGCCACAGAGAGCAGAAAGAGCCCAUCUCAGCCAAGUGCGAGGACUGGGAGCACCAGUAAAUGUGUAAAAGUGGGGAAAAGGGGUGAGGCCUCACCCUCUGGGCCACAGCCGGGCACCAGGCAGGACUGGCUCUCUCACAUCUCCCUCAGGCGACUGCAGGCAAAGAUGGAGGCUGAAAAUCAACAGGCGAAAGAAAUAAUCAAACCUUUACUGGAUACAGAAAAUGGUUUUGUGAAGGAGUUGGAGAGGUUUCUGAGCCAAUGGGAUGUAACAGAGCUGAGGAGGAGAGAACUGCUGCACAAGCGCUGGACUGAGCGUGUAUGGUUUCCCCUCCAGAGGAGAGUGGAGGAACAUGUGUCCAGCUGUAGCCCUGUGGAGGCCAAGAGGCGUCAGAGCUUAUACAGUCACUACCUCCAUCACUGCAACACCAAGGGUUUUGUGUUUCUAGAAACCUAUGAUCUAAAGGAAUACAACCCCUUUCUUCUCAACAUCAAAAAGCCACACUUCUUCAAGCUCAGUACAGCGGACUUAAAGCACCCAUUCUACCUUCAGUCACAUGAAAGACUGAAGGAAAAGAGAACAGCCCGUUCUUGUGAAGCAGGAUGUAAUUACAAGCUACCUCAGAGUGACCGUCCUCUUGGUGAGUCUGUGAUGUCUCAAGCCGACGUGCUCCUGCAGGCCUCAUCUAAUUAUCCAGUCUCUGCAUCCAGAAACUCUCCAGCGGAGGAUGAGACUGAAGCAAGGAAGUCCAGCAGGCUCAAAACCAUACCAUACCACAUCAGUGCAACUGUAACCCCAGAUGGAAGGUGCCAUCAGACCAGCUGCUGGCUCUCCAGAUGUGGAUGUUGGUAACAACCAGCAAGUUUACAUCAGUCCUUGCCUACAUCCAAAUAAAAUCCA